UUUAAACAAAGGAUUAUCUGUUCCAUUCUUGUAUAAUUUGAUGCUAUGGCACAGGCUCCACCUAUUGUACUUCUUGGAUUUAAAGAUGCAGUGUUGGAAGAUGGGGAAUCAUCAUGGCACGAUAGCAAAAUUGGUGGACUACCGGACAUCCUUCCUGAUGUGAAUUUUCUCUACCCAUCCUGCCCUUUAUGUUCUGCAUUUCUCUGCCAUGUCGUUCAGGUGUAUUGCCCCCUAGAAGGUUCACUGUGUCACCGUGUCAUUCAUGUGUUUGCGUGUUACAACAAGGCUUGCUGGGGAAAACAGGAGAGUUGGGUGAUAUUACGAUCCCAGAGCCUACAAGUGCAAGACAAGAUCAAAGAAAGCUUAGUACCACAGGAGGGUAGCUUAGCAGCUAAUGAUUGGUGUGCGGAUGCAGAUGACUGGGGAUUUGACAGCAGUGAUUCUUUGGGAGCGACUCCAUCUCCUCAUGUUACACCACAAGCCACAAGUUGUGAAGUAGAGGCCUCUCAUGUUCCGUGCACAUCCCUUCUUCAGAAUCUCUCUCUCAAUGAAAGAUCAUGGGUUGUGGAUGUUGCAAAAGCAAUGUUCCGCUCUUAUUAUGUGGCAGUGGAAAUAGAGGAAGACUUUGCAUCAUCCGUGGAUCUCGACCAUGCCUUGCAUCUUUUACAUGAGUAUGAAAAAUGCGAGACCGUCCUACAGGAUGAUCCUGAAAGAUGUUCUGUUACAAAAGGCGAUAAUGAGAAGUAUGAGAAGAAUGAUUUCAAGAGUAAGGAUCUUGUGUUCCACAAAUUUUUAAAGAAGAUCUCUCCAUGCAAAAAUCAGAUUCUCAGAUAUUCUUGGAAUGGGACACCUCUGUACAUGAGUCAAACAGCCUUAGGUUCAGGACCCCCUCCAUGUACACAGUGUGGGGGGCACAGAGUAUUCGAAUUCCAGCUGAUGCCAGCGCUAGUCUCCAUGCUACAUAGUACAAGAGGAGAUGUGGCCUUGGAGUUUGGGACAGUUCUGAUUUUCACCUGCGCGAGUAGCUGCUGGUCUGACGGUGAACAUGUUCCGGUGCAUGAAUUCUGCUUGGUGCAAGAAGAUCCAGACCAACAUUUUUUUAAAUAGAAAUUUUCUAAAACUGAAUAUGAACAUUUUGCACAAAACCAAAGAGUGCCAUUUAAGUAUUUAAAUAAUUAACUUUUAUAUUAUUAUUAUGUAUUGUGUGUAUAUGUGUGUGUAUGUGUAUGUGUAUGUAUAUAUAUAUAUAUAUAUAUAUAUAUAUAUAUAUAAAACCACCCUUUGCCAUUAAAACAGCAUCAAUUCUUCUAGGUA